AUGAAACAAGGAUUCCGUGGCUUGACACCGCGUGAAACUACAGGUAUCAACGAUGAUACCGAAGAUCAGCAGAGAGAGAAAGAAAACAAUGAUGUAAAUCAGUAAAUGUUUGUGAAUUAAUAAUCGAGUGUUUAGACGAGUGUCGCUAAAUCAUGCCGAAUGCUAAUAAAAUAUACAUGUUGGCCAAUGGCAGUAAGCCAAAUCACAGGCGGCCCAAUCUCUGAACGUCCUAUAUAGGGAAUGCAGUUAUCCCAUUGCCGCAAGUCUUUGCUCACUCUUUAAUCAUUUAUUACAUACUGGUACUGUUCCAUCUGAAUGGAAAUCACCUGAUGUUUCACCAAUUCAUAAGAAAGAUAAGAAAGAACUAGCUAUCAACUACCGUCCAAUUUCACUGCUAUCUAUCAUCAGCAGAGUCUUGGAGCGAUGCGUUUGUAAUCGUUUCUACGAACAUAUCCGAGAUUCAAUUAACGAAGCUCGGCAUGGAUUUCUUCAUGGUUGUUCUUGUACUACACAGUUUCUUUCAACGUUAUAUCGUAUUGGACAAUUGCUUGACAAAAAUACCCAGACGGACAUUCUAUUUCUUGACUUCGCUAAAGCCUUCGACUCAGUGGAUCAUGUUAUUCUCUUAAGAAAGCUGAAAGAUUACGGUAUCGCAGGAAACCUUUACAGAUGGUUCUCUGACUACCUGCAUAACCGUACCCAGCGUGUUGUUGGAGAGGGUGCUGCUUCGUCAUGGUCUCCCAUCACUUCUGGCGUUCCACAGGGAAGCAAGCAUCUUGGGUCCAAUGCUUUUCUUACUCUUCAUCAACGAUCUUCCUGA